UUAAAAAUUACUGAUUGGCUGACGUGCAGAGCUGGAAAAAAUGAAUAGUGAUGGUGUGGUCGUAGGGGCUGGAUGGUUCAGCGGUUGCUGAGCUCUCCGGCUGGAAUCGGGCGCUGCGCUUCGCCUCUCAGAUUCCCGCAUUUGCGGUUUCCUGGAUGCGCACUGACCCGCAGGACCAUGAAGAGCGCGGUCGUCGUUUAUCACGCGGACACCAGGAGGAGCAUUUACUUCUGAUGGUUAUACUUAUUUAUUGCGUCGGGAAGAAGGAUUUUUGAGCAAAGGGGUGGGAAUGAAACGCACAUGAUGGGAAUCUGCGUCUUAUCCUGCGCUGCCAGGACCGGCUGAUCGCCCCUGGAUUUUAACUCGUAUUCUGCCCCUUGUUCUCCGCUUUGCCCCCCAGUCUUAAAUUCUCAAUCUAAUGAAUCCCUUUGGCUGCCCGGUAUGUCUUCGAGGAAGAUCUCAUCGGAAUCAUUCAGCUCAAUGGGGUCCGACUACUUGGAGAGCCCGGACGACAGCGAAUGCCCCAUGUCGCGGAUGCUGUGGAACGGCCGGAGCCCCGUGGAGUCCCUGCCCAGUCCCUUCGAGGACGUGGUGGUGAAGCGGACCACCCGGCGCAAGCGCGUCAACCUUGACUCGCUCGGAGAGAGCCUGAGAAGGCUGACCUCACCGACGAGACACACGGUUCAGCUGGCCCUGCAGAGGACUCUGGAUGCCUACAAGCAGAAGGGGAUCAGGUGUGACGAGGACGGGGCGGAUGAGGGUGGUGACCCCGGAAAAUGUCCCUUCUUGGAGGAUUCGGGGUUGGGGGAGGAGAGUGACAUCUCAGGAAUCCUGCAGUACACAGCCUCCUUACUGGGGCUGCGGUUCGAGGAGCUCCGUGAGCACUUUGGAGAGGAGCUCUUUGGCCUCUGUUUUGAGGAGAACGAGCGGGUACUGCGUGCCCUGGGCAGCGACCUGCAGGGCUUCUUCAAUGGCUUUGACGCACUCCUGGAGCACAUCCGCGCCUCCUGCGGCCGCCGCGCCUCCACAGAGUCGCCCUCCUUCCUAUGCAAGGACGCCCCUGAGACUGGCAGCCUGCUCUUGCACUGCUUCCACCCAGCGCCCCCUGUAGGCCUGGCCAUGCCCGGCCUGAUCCGCGCCGCCGCCCGCAGGAUCUACCACAGGGAGGUGGAGGUGGAGGAGGCGCAGCUGACACUGGAGGGGGUACAGAGCGAGAGGGACGCCUCCUCCUGCCUGUCCUUCCUAAUUAAGGAGCCCCGCGCCCCUGGGGGGCCGCAGACGCUGCCCCUGGAGCUGUCGUGCUCGCCCCCCGACCUGCGCAUUGGCCUCAGCACCUUCUGUCGCGCCUUCCCUUUCCACCUGGUGCUGGGGCCUGACAUGAGCGUGCUGCAGCUGGGGGAGGGCCUCCGCCGGCAGGCCAGGUGCGAGCCUCACCGGACCCUGCACUUCGCCGACUGCUUCGAGGUGGUAUCACCCCGCAUCGCCUGCACCUUCCAGGGCAUCCUGCUGCGCCUCUCCACCCCCUUCACCAUUCGGACCCGGCCAGAGGGUGGCAGCACUGGCACCAAGGAGAAGGUGAUGGAGAUCAAAGGUCAGAUGAUCCAUGUGCCAGAGUCCAACUCCAUCAUGUUCCUGGGCUCUCCGCGCGUCGACAAGCUGGAGGAGCUUAUGGGCCGCGGGCUGCACCUCUCUGACAUCCCGAUCCACGACGCCACGCGGGACGUCAUCCUAGUGGGCGAGCAGGCCAAGGCGCAGGACGGCCUGAAGAAGCGCAUGGACAAGCUGAAGGCCACACUGGAGCGCACGCACCAGGCUCUGGAGGAGGAGAAGCGGCGCACUGUGGAGCUGCUGUACUCCAUCUUCCCGGGCGACGUGGCGCAGCAGCUGUGGCAGGGCCAGGCGGUGCGCGCGCGCAAGUUUGAUGAUGUCACCAUGCUUUUCUCAGAUAUUGUGGGCUUCACGGCCGUGUGCGCCCAGUGCACCCCCAUGCAGGUCAUCAGCAUGCUCAACGAGCUCUACACGCGUUUCGACUACCAGUGCGGCAUCCUCGACGUCUACAAGAUCGAGACGAUCGGUGACGCCUACUGUGUGGCUGGCGGACUUCACCGGAAGAGCGACUGUCACGCCAAGCCCAUCGCCCUCAUGGCGCUCAAGAUGAUGGCGCUUUCUGAGGAGGUCCUCACGCCCGACGGGAAGCCCAUCAAGCUCCGGAUCGGCAUCCACUCUGGUUCAGUUCUGGCUGGCGUCGUGGGGGUGAAGAUGCCAAGGUAUUGCCUGUUCGGGAACAACGUGACCCUGGCCAGCAAAUUCGAGUCGGGAUCCCACCCGCGCUGCAUCAACGUCAGCCCAACCACGCACCAGCUGCUUAAGGACGACAGAGCCUUCACCUUCAUCCCUCGGUCCCGGGAGGACCUACCGGAUAACUUUCCCAAGGAGAUCCAAGGAAUCUGCUAUUUCCUGGAGGCAGGGUCAUCGCAGGGAGCCGCUCCGGCGGGAAGCUCGCGGCCCACCUCCUCCGCCUCCUCUGCCCCCAUCCGCAAGGUGUCCUACAACAUCGGGACCAUGUUCCUGCGGGAGACGAGCCUGUGAGCGCCCCCCGGUGGGAAGGCCGUGCUGCUCACUUAGCAUUCUACCACCAUUACUGGCUCACACUGGGCCGGUGGGCAACUGGAGGACAGGAAUGAGGAAUCAGAAGCUUAUGCUCCUUCAGACCCUCUGCAUCACAUCUGACAUUGUACUCGCAUAAUUCGGUGCCUUCUGACCACGGACGCCGUCAGAGAGACGGAGGAUCCCUCAAGCACACCUUCACCGUCCACCGUGCCGCCGCCCAUCUAGCCUGCCUGUCGGAUGUCUGUCCGUCUGUCUCCUGGCAACAUCCAUUCCUCCUCCUCAUCUUGCUUCCCGGAAUUCCUAACACUAGGCCAGGUCAUGUGACCGCGUUUCCUCGCCCCAGAUAGGUCUGACGGGCGUUAUGUGAGCAGCUCUCUGUACUUUAUGGGUCGUGUAGUCAGCUAACAAGCCCUGUUUUCAUUUGAUUCCUGUGCAAACUGCCCACUUGUGGUAGAGAAAUGCUGUAACACCUUUUAAAUAAUUAAAAAAAAAACAACUUGGCAUAGCCUACUAAAACCCACCUGGAGAACUUACGGUCCAAAUCCUACUGACCAUCCCAUUCGAUAAGCUGCAUUGGGUGGGGGGAGUGGGUAGUGUCACUUCUGUGGAAACAUCACUACCCCACAGUUUUCAUGCCGACAGUCCCUCCCUGGACUCCAGCGGUCUGUCUGCAGUGCCCCGUUGCCCAGCGGCCUGGGCCACCAAUCAGAGUGUUCAGAUCGCUAGCCAAUAGCAGCGAAUGACAGACUCUCAGGGUGGUCAGUGUGAGAAGAACUAGAGCUUUUCUGCCGGUGAUGGAGACUACAGACCCGCUGUGGUGACUCAGCGCAGGAGGCCUGCUGAUUGGUCACUCAGAUUCAACAGUACAACAGACUGACCCCAGCUGGCCGCGGAGCUGUUCUGCUGUGCGUUGUCACAGGCGCCAAGCACAGCAUUGGCCCGCCCCCAUGACCCGGUGUCCCCUUCUCUCACCGCACCAUUAAAGCACCAUAGGUGUGAACACAGUCUCCUCACAUCACAGUGUUUAAAAUGCGGCUCUGCGAUAUGGUGACCAGGAAGAACCUGAAGCUCUCAGUUUAAUUUAACUUCAUGGUCUUACACUGGAACAGGAGAUUUUGUAAAAUGUACUAAAUGGACACUUAAUGCUUAUACUAAUAUAUUUUCUGUUUGCCUUUCAUAUCCAACACUGAAAUGCUUAGGUGUCUGUUUAUAAGACUCAGAUAAUGAGAUAAAACUCAGAAGACAAGCUACUCCACACCAGACCGAUCCCUUUAAAAUAGCUCCAGCACUUGCAGUAAAACAAAACAUAUAUAAAAAUAAAAUAAAAUAAAAUAAAACAAAAUAAAUUAAAAGCAAAAUGCUUUACUUACCUGUGGUCAUUAUUUUAUGGACUUCGGAGUCAAGUUUGAAACUCAAAGAAAUAUGUUUGGGAGGGCAAAGUCGUCGGCCUGUGGAUCCAUUGUGUCAGAACACGGGGCGCCAAGGUAAGGAGCUUCACCAAAAACAAAGAACAAAACUAAAAACCAAAGAACAGUUUGGUUGGAUUCACGGCAGGUUCCCAGCUGCCUGUCACACCCCCAGAAGUCAUCCCAUGUCUGUCACCCGCCGGAGGGUGAUGGGGCGUGUCGUCAUACCACGUGACACUCUCGCCACUUGGUGUGCUGUAAGUACAGGUCAAUGUAGCACUGCCUGCAAGAGAACGGGCCAAUCAGAGGCCAGCAGCUGCUCCCGGAGCCCCUUAUCCGGUAGUUUAACGAUUUGUUUUCUAAUUAAAAUACAAAAACGUCUGGCAGCAAUACGGAUGGACGUUGUUUCUGUUCUGUAUGGAAGCCUGCCACGUCUGAGCCUGAGAUGUGCUGUAAAAUAACUGUACAUUAUAAAAUUUGUAUCCAAUCUGACAUUUUAAGCAAUAAUGUAAGUGUUCUACUUGUGGCAAGAUAAUAAAGUUAGGGAGUACAGUGAGAA